CUUUUUUAUUUUUUCUAUACAAUAUUGAUUAUAAUAAAUCAUAAUUUCCAUUUUCACCCAUCAUCAGUACUGACGAAUCAAUCAACAUUUCUUCUUCUUCUUCUUCUUCUUAGUAGCAGCUAACUACUCAUUGAAUAAGUUUUUGUGUGGCUGAGUAUCUCUCUGAGAGAUGGCUGGCGGUGGUGGGUCUUUUAGUCAAUCCAUCUUGGAAACUCCGACAUGGGCGUUGGCAACAGUAUGCUUUGUUUUCAUCUUUCUCGGCAUACUCAUCGAAUACUUGAUUCAUCUCUUGGCUCACUGGCUGAAGAAACAUGGGAAGAAAGCUCUGUUUGAGGCAGUUGAAAAGCUAAAGUCAGUUUUGAUGCUGUUGGGUUUCAUGUCGUUGCUACUAGCGAUCACGCAGCGUCCCAUUUCCAAGAUAUGCGUGCCAGACAAUAUUGCAUUUUCCAUGCUCCCCUGUCGCCGCUAUAAUAUUCAUGAACUAGCUGCUGCUGUUGCAGACUCAUCAUCUAAUAUUGAUGAUCCUUGCGCCUACUCCUCUGAAGGGGAAAAGAAAAUGUCUUCAUUUAUAUCUCAACAAGGGGUCAAUCAGCUCAACAAUUUCAUCUUUGGUCUCGCAAUUAUGCAGAUUGCUUAUACUCUUAUCACCAUGGCUUUCGGAAGGGCCAAAAUGAAUCGUUGGGAAGCCUGGGAGAAGGAAAGUCAAUCAGUGGAAUAUCUAGUCUCAAAUGAUCCAAAUCGAUUUAGAUUCACCAAGCAAACAACUUUUGGGCGCAGACAUGCCACCUCUUGCACCACUACCCCCAUUCUCCUUUGGAUUAAAUGUUUCUUCAGGCAAUUCUUUCAUUCCGUGGCUAAAGUGGAUUAUCUAACCCUCCGUCACGCAUUCAUUGCGACUCAUCUACCCACAAACAAUUCCUUCAAUUUUCAAAAGUACAUCCAAAGAUCUCUAGAAGAUGACUUCAAGCUUGUGGUGGGAAUCAGGCCUUUCAUGUGGUUUUUGGUCGUCAUCUUCCUCCUAAUCGAUGUGCACGGUUUGCAUGCGUACCUUUUUGUGUCUUUCCUUCCUCUCGUUUUUGUGCUAGCAAUAGGAACAAAGCUGGAAGUGGUAGUGGCGGAAAUGGCUAUCCAGCUUAAAGAUCAGAAUACUGUCAUCAAAGGAGCCCUUUUGUUGCAGCCCAAUGACAACCUCUUCUGGUUCAGUCAACCCAACUUCGUCCUUACUCUUCUUCAUUACACCUUAUUUAUGAAUGCUUUUGAGAUUACUUUCUUCAUCUGGGUAACGAUUCAAUAUGGUAUAAAGUCAUGUUACCAUGAAAACUUGGCGAUUGUCAUCGCUCGAGUGGUUUUAGCAAUUGUGGUUCAAGUUAUGUGCAGUUAUAUCACUCUGCCCCUCUAUGCUCUUGUAACCCAGAUGGGCACACACUUCAAGAGCACAUUAAUGCUAGAAGAUCAAACGGUUGACGUUAUUAAACAAUGGCACACUGAAGUUAAACACAAAAGGAAGAAGAGAGACAAGAACAAGAACAAGAACAAGGACAAGAAUACAAUUGAGCAGCAAACUGGAUCAUCGUCUGUUUGGACAAACGAAGACAUCACUACCGAGUCUUCCUCUUCUCACAAGUACCACUACCGUCGCUCACCAAAUCACCACCAUGAUCAUGGUGGUGAUGAUCGCUUAGAUGAUGUUAUCAUUCAUAAUAAUAAUAAGGCUGUGGAGUCAGAAAUACAAGAACUCGAUGAUCAUGAUCAUCAAAUACGAUUAAAUCCUUAACAACACUAGUUAUAACGAUAAGAUAGAUAUUAUUAAUG